AGAUAUAGCAGCCAACCGACCUCAGCUGGCCCGACUGAACAUCACUCACAUCCUCAAUGCUUCUCACAGCAAGUGGCGGGGAGGCCCAGAUUAUUAUGCAGGCACUGGCAUCUGCUACCUGGGCAUUGAGGCACACGACUCGCCCACCUUUGAUAUGAGCCCCUACUUUCAGCCUGCUGCAGAUUUCAUCCACAAAGCCCUCAGCAAGAGUGAAGGGAGAAUCCUUGUUCACUGUGCCGUGGGGGUAAGCAGAUCAGCUACCCUGGUCCUUGCCUACCUCAUGAUUUAUCACCGCUUGACUUUGGUGGAGGCCAUAAAGAGCGUCAAGGACCAUCGAGGCAUUAUUCCCAAUCGGGGUUUUCUACGCCAGUUGAUCAUCUUGGACAACUCCCUCAGGCUGAAGAGAAGACUGUAAGCAGAGGAGUCAUUGGCAAACCACGAUAGCAUAGUUUGUGUUGGUAAACAUGAGGCGUUACUAGCCUAGUUUGGGCUCAGUUAACCCCGACCUUCCACAAAUCUUGUCUCACAGUAAUUCAGCUCUAACAUUUCAAGAUGUACUUUCAAUGUUCCCAGUGGUUAGGUUCAGGAGUCAACUAGAGCGGAGCAAGUUCAGGUUUCUGAGAGGAAGAUGUUUUCUUUCCGCCUUUCCCCUUUGGCUUUCCAAAGCCAUUUUCCAAGACAAUGUCCCAACCUCAUACUGAGGAAGUUUUUAACGCUGAAAUUCCCAUGGAGUGAUAUGUCUUGUAAUUUGUUUCCUCUUAUUUGCUUCUAGCUUUUGUUUUAAAAAGUGGCAAGCCCCAGUAUAUUUUAACAAUCAAAAUAAAGUUCUAUAGAUCACAAGGAUGCUAAAUGGAUUUUAUUUUUCACAUCCAAGUUGAAAGAACCAUUCAGAAAUUUCUGCCACAUUUAUCAAUGGAAAAACGUGCUAGAAGAUUAAACUUGGUUUAUGAUAUCUUCCCCUGGUAUUUAAUAGAAAUAGAAAGGCUACAGACCAGUGAAGAGAAUGCUAUAAAAUACUCAAUUUAUGACCAUAAUAGAACCAAAAUUCCCAUUGCUAAGCAAGUCAAUUAUUAAUUCUACAACCU